UAUGAACUGCGUAAUAGAGAAUCAUACGUUUGUUCUAAGUGUUACUCAUAUGUGGCUGAUGUUCCGAACUUGAUGUGUCCUCGGUGCAAGCUAAAAAUGACGUCUGCGUUGUCAUAUGUCCCUCCAUCACCUGCAAACACUGGAUUUCCUGUUGACAGAGGAUUUAUAAAAGGUUUGAUGACUUUCAUUGUGAAGGAUAAUUUGGAAUUCAUGCCUAUGUCUACUGAAAAUGUACUUCCCUUGCUUAAAAAGAACGAAGGUGUCUUAGAGCUGGGGCUUACGUUGGAUGAGCACGGGGCUAUGAAGCUGCUACAGUUAUCUUUGCAAAGCAAGACAGUUUUGACGAAGUUUUUGACGGAGUACUCUAUGCAAUUAACGUCUUGCCAACCACUGUAAAUCCUUGGAUCAGAUUUCUCAAAUCCUGAAAUUGCAUGAAUUAUAUUAUAUUGUUGUCUAGGCAGCAAGCUGCCUAAGUUGCAAUGUUAAUAAAUAAAUUGUAAUUAUUUAUAAAUAAUAAAACUAUAUGUAAAUACUUUUAAAUAUAUAAUUGAGUAUA